AUGCCAGUCACAUGGAUGUCGCUAUGCCGACAGUACCGAAACGACAACGAUUUUCGUGGGAGCUUGAACUUCUUCGUGAUCAGUUUCGCCAUAGCGGUUGUGUCGUGGUUUUUCGGAGUGGUGAUGCUCUUCAUGGCGUUCGUCGUCUGUAUGUUGAAUGCGUAUUUUUGUGGAAAAUACUACGGUCAGAAGCCGAUCUACGCUCUACAGGCGACAUUUCUGGGCUUGGUAUACGAUUUUUGUUUGUUUUAUAAAACCUGCUUCUUCAAUUUUUCCACAAUGCAACCUGUUCUUAAGUUGAAUGGUGCAUCGACAACUCUGCUGUUUUAUUGGAAAGCGUCGCCGCUGGGCAUAUUCUGUGGCUACACUUUCGUCCUGUCACUCUUCCAUUUUUCUGAAUUCAUCGUCACUGCUGUAUCAAAUCGUCGGUCACUACAACCUGACUCCUUUCUACUAAAUCAUUCGGCAGCAUAUUGGAUCGCGGCCUUUGCAAGUUGGACGGAGUUCUUCCUGGAAGUGCACUUUACGCCGUUUCUAAAGGUUUACGCAAUCAGUGGGCUUGGAUUCAUCAUUUGUAUGUGCGGUGAGGUAAUUCGUAAGCUAGCAAUGCUUCACGCUGGAAAUGGCUUCACUCAUCGGUUAGCACUCUCGAAACGUCCAGAUCAUCGAUUGGUCACAACCGGUAUCUAUUCCUACCUUCGCCACCCAGGAUAUGCAGGUUGGUUUUUGUGGAGCAUUGGUACUCAAAUUAUUCUUUGCAAUCCUAUCUGCCUUUUUUCUUACGCCUAUAUCACUUGGCAUUUCUUCAAGGAACGAAUUUAUGAUGAAGAAAGGGACUUAAUCCACUUUUUUGUGAAAAGAGAAGGAGGCUCUGCAAAAGAGUACGUACUAAACUGUCAGCGCUGUAUUAAUGAUGAUCAAUAG